AUGAAUGAAUCAACUGAUUUGGCUGUUUGUGUUGAAAAUGCAUGGAAAAAAUACGGUCAUUGGUGGAAAUCAAUAACAGUUUUACAUGGUGUAAAUGUUAAUGUUCCAACAGGGAUCAUAUAUGGUCUGUUAGGUCCAUCAGGAUGUGGAAAAACAACUCUUCUGCGAUGUAUUGUUGGACGUUUAGAAUUAAAUCAAGGUGAAAUAAUUGUUUUUGGUAAACGACCUGGUACACAUGGACAUGAAAUUCCUGGUCGAGCUGUUGGCUAUAUGCCACAAGAAACAGCACUUUAUAGAAAUUUUUCAAUAUCAGAAAUGCUUCACUAUUUCGGUCGUCUUCAUAACAUGAAACGAAGAGAAAUUCUAUCUCGAGAAGAAUUUCUUAUUUCAUUUCUUGAUUUACCUUCGAAAACAAAGCCAGUUUUACAAUUAAGUGGUGGUCAACAACGUCGUGUCUCAUUAGCAUGUGCUCUUCUUCAACAACCUCAACUAUUAAUACUUGAUGAACCAACUGUUGGAGUUGAUCCUUUACUUCGAGAAAAAAUUUGGAGCCAUCUUAUAUAUUUAUCACAGACAAGUAAAACAACAAUAAUGAUAACAACUCAUUAUAUUGAAGAAGCAAGAAAAGCUAAUCGAAUUGGACUUAUGCGAAGUGGAAGAAUAUUAGCUGAAGAUGAACCAAACCAUGUCUUAAAUCAAUAUAAUGAAAUUAGUUUAGAAAAUAUUUUUCUUCAAUUAUGUUAUGAAGAUCAAAAUCGUAUUCAACAACAAACUACAACGAAUAAUAACAAUGGUGAUCAGGAUAUCGACGCAUCCAAUAAUAUUGACGAUCAAAAUUUAGAAUCAACUUAUAUUGCUGAUACAGCUGUUGAAAGUCUUCUGAUAACAGUUAAUAGAAAAGAAACCGCAAGAAAAAAUUUUAUGGAUUAUGUUAAAUUUCCUCAUAUACAUAAAAUUUAUGCAUUAAUAAUGAAAGAUUUAACACUGAUUAAACGAAAUAUUAGGUAA